AUGAUUGGCGUGAAUAGUGUUCAGAGUGCCAGCAAGGUACGGGUGAGGACCUCAGGUUCCGUGAAAUACUCCCGGGAGGAUUCUAUCCGGCGGCAGUCCCACAGGUCAAAGUCUAUGAAAAUUUCCAACUCCUCAGAGUUUUCUGCUAAGGAGACUAAGGCUCUGUACAACUCAAUCAAGAACGAGAAGCUUGAGUGGGCAGUAGAUGAUGAAGAGAAAAAAAAAUCUCCCUCAGAAGGUACUGAUGAGAAGGCUAAUGGAACACAUCCCAAGACCAUCAGUCGAAUUGGGAGUACUACCAACCCUUUUUUGGACAUUCCUCACGACCCAAAUGCUGCUGUGUACAAAAGUGGAUUCUUGGCUCGGAAAAUCCAUGCGGAUAUGGAUGGCAAGAAGACUCCAAGAGGAAAGCGAGGAUGGAAAACCUUUUAUGCUGUACUGAAGGGAACAGUUCUAUACUUGCAAAAGGAUGAAUAUAAGCCGGAAAAGGCCUUGUCUGAGGAGGACUUGAAAAAUGCCGUGAGCGUGCACCACGCGCUGGCGUCCAAGGCCACGGACUACGAGAAGAAGCCAAACGUGUUUAAACUUAAAACUGCUGACUGGAGGGUCUUGCUCUUUCAAACCCAGAGUGCAGAGGAAAUGCAGGGGUGGAUAAACAGGAUCAACUGUGUUGCAGCUGUAUUUUCUGCACCACCAUUUCCAGCAGCCAUUGGCUCUCAGAAGAAGUUUAGCCGCCCGCUUCUGCCUGCUACUACGACAAAACUGUCUCAGGAGGAGCAGCUGAAAUCUCACGAAAGCAAGCUGAAGCAGAUCACCACCGAGCUGGCCGAGCAUCGCUCGUACCCCCCCGACAAGAAGGUCAAAGCGAAGGAUGUGGACGAAUACAAACUGAAGGAUCACUAUCUGGAGUUUGAGAAAACGCGCUAUGAAAUCUACGUCAGCAUCCUAAAAGGAGGAGGCAAGGAGCUCCUGAGUCACGAGGAGAGUGAGGCCGCAGGGCUGAAGAAGUCCCAUUCGAGCCCUUCGCUGAACCCAGAUUCAUCUCCCAUCACCGCCAAGGUCAAGCGCAACGUGUCAGAAAGGAAGGACCACCGACCUGAAACACCCAGCAUUAAGCAAAAAGUCACUUAGAAUCUGUCUGCGGCCAGGAAGUGCUGGUCAUGGAGCAACAUAGGAUUUUUCAAGAUCUUUCUGGUAAUCCGUGAAUAUAUU